AUGAGCAGCACAUGUAUGUUUCAGAAGGCAGCCAGGGCAGUGCGGUCGCCCGUCCUCUGCUUCCCCUCUCCUCCUCCUCCUCCUCCUCCUCCUCCUGCUGAAACGCGCUCCUUCCGCUCGAUUAAUUCAGUAAGUCGGAGCCGGCUUCUGUCUCCAUCAAUGCUCCAGUCGCUCGCCUCCUCCUCUGGCUUCUUCCUCAGCAGAUGGUGGAAUGGCAAAGCUCCCAAAGCGGACAAUGGCACUCCUUCAUUGUGCUCCUCCUAA